AUGUCAGAAAAUAUUAUCAACGAAAAUGGAAAAGAUUUAUCAAUGUUAGAUAUUAAUGACGCUAACACUGGAGUGAAUGACGACACUUCUAAUUUGACUCAUAGUUUUUCUCAAAUGAAUGUAGAUAAUCCAAAUGAAUUGGAACCACAAUUCACUUCCAUAAGGAAGCACAGAUCCACAUUAAUCUUUGAUGACGAAGAUGAAAUACCUCCUUAUGCAGAUCAUGCUGAGCACGGUUCGGGAAAUGUUUCAGAUUCAGAUUCAAUGUCUGACGGUUCUGUUUCCAUUUCCGAUUCAGGUUCUAAUAUAAACCUCAAUUCCUAUUCCGAUUCUAACGUAAGCUACAUCAAACAAUCGCAAUCGACUAGUGAUACUGACCAUAUGGAUCCUUCAGUCAUGAAAAACCAUACGAUGAAUAUACCGGGUGCCACAACAGAUACUCUUUCAUAUAAUAUGGAUCAGUCAAUUCAAAAAUCAGGUAGUAAUAGUAGUACCCCGUCUUAUAAUAAUGGAACGGUGGAUACGCAACAACAACAACAACAACAACAACAACAACAACAAUAUCACAACCAGAAUCAAUCUCCAUCAAAUACACAACUAAAAAAUAGUCAAGGUAAUAUUAUGGUUCCAGUAGAUAUCACAUGGCAACAAGGUGGUAACAAGGUAUAUGUGACCGGUUCAUUCACAGGUUGGAGGAAAAUGAUUGGCUUAAUCCCUGUUGCAGGACAUCCAAACCUUUUACAUGUGAAGUUACAAUUACCUCCAGGGACUCAUAGAUUUAGAUUUAUUGUUGAUAAUGAAUUAAGAUUUAGUGAUUAUUUACCUACUGCUACAGAUCAAAUGGGUAAUUUCGUUAAUUAUUUGGAAAUUAACGAGCCGAUACCAACAAUCACUCAACAGCAACAGCAACAGCAACAGCAACAACAACAAAUACAGCAGCAGCAACAAUAUCCACAACAACAGCCCCAGUAUGAACAUGUAGCUCGAGGGCAAGAUAUACAACAUUUACCACAGGGGCAAGGAAGGAAAAACUUUGAUCAAGAGGCAAAUGACAUUGCGAACAAAAAACCAUUAAGUGCACGUUCAAGAAUCGCCUUAGAAAUUGAAAGAGAACCAGAUGAUAUGGGGAAUGGAUUUACCAGAUUUCGUGAAGAAGCACCUUUAAAAGAAAAAAUAGAAUACACUCAAGAUAUACCCGCGGUCUUUACAGAUCCAACAGUUAUGGAACAGUACUAUAUAACGCUAGACCAACAGCAAAAUAACCAUCAAAAUAUGGUUUGGUUGACCCCUCCUCAAUUACCACCGCAAUUGGAAAAUGUCAUCUUGAAUAGUUAUUCGAACUCACAAAGUAGUAAUAAUGAAAAUACCUCUGGUGCAUUACCAAUACCUAAUCACGUCAUUUUGAAUCAUUUGGCAACAAGUAGUAUUAAACAUAACACAUUAUGUGUGGCUUCUAUUGUUAGAUACAAAAGGAAAUAUGUCACACAAAUAUUGUAUGCCCCCUUACAAUAA